GCUCGGCGCUGGGCGCGCCGCCGCCCUGGAGUGAGGGACGCCCAGCCGGAGGGGGUCCCCCGAGCCGGCCGCGAUGGACGCCGUCCUGGAGCCCUUCCCGGCCGACAGGCUGUUCCCCGGAUCCAGCUUCCUGGACCUGGGGGAUCUCAACGAGUCGGAUUUCCUCAACAAUGCGCACUUUCCCGAGCACCUGGACCACUUUGCCGAGAACAUGGAGGACUUCUCCAACGACCUGUUCAGCAGCUUCUUUGAUGACCCUGUGCUGGAUGACAAGAGCCCUCUACUGGACAUGGAGCUGGACUCCCCAGCGCCAGGCAUCCAGGCUGAGCACAGCUACUCCCUGAGCGGGGACUCGGCGCCCCAGAGCCCUCUUGUGCCCAUCAAGAUGGAGGACACCACCCAAGAUGUGGAACCCGGAGCCUGGGCACUAGGACACAAACUGUGCUCCAUCAUGGUGAAGCAAGAGCAGAGCCCGGAGCUGCCCGUGGACCCUCUGGCCGCCUCCUCGGCCAUGGCCGCUGCUGCGGCCAUGGCCACCACGCCGCUGCUGGGCCUCAGCCCCCUGUCCAGGCUGCCCAUGCCCCCCCAGGCCCCAGGAGAGAUGACUCAGCUGCCAGUGAUCAAAGCAGAGCCCCAGGAGGCGAACCAGUUCCUCAAAGUGACACCAGAGGACCUGGCCCAGAUGCCUCCGACGCCCCCCAGCAGCCAUGGCAGCGACAGCGACGGCUCGCAGAGUCCCCGCUCUCUGCCCCCCUCCAGCCCUGUCCGGCCCAUGGCCCGCUCCUCCACCGCCAUCUCCACCUCCCCACUCCUCACUGCCCCUCACAAACUCCAGGGGACAUCCGGGCCACUGCUGCUGACCGAGGAGGAGAAGCGCACCCUGAUUGCCGAGGGCUACCCCGUCCCCACCAAGCUCCCCCUCACCAAGGCCGAGGAGAAGGCCCUGAAGAGGGUCCGGAGAAAAAUCAAGAACAAGAUCUCAGCCCAGGAGAGCCGCCGGAAGAAGAAGGAGUACGUGGAGUGCCUAGAAAAGAAAGUAGAGACUUUCACAUCGGAGAACAACGAGCUGUGGAAGAAGGUGGAGACCCUGGAAAACGCCAACAGGACCCUGCUCCAGCAGCUGCAGAAACUGCAGACUCUGGUCACCAACAAGAUCUCCAGGCCUUACAAGAUGGCCGCCACGCAGACCGGGACCUGCCUCAUGGUGGCAGCCCUGUGCUUCGUCCUGGUGCUGGGCUCCCUCGUGCCCUGCCUGCCUGAGUUCUCAUCCGGCUCCCAGACUGUGAAGGAAGACCCCAUCACGGACAGCGUCUACACGGCCAGCCAGAUGCCCUCCCGGAGCCUCCUGUUCUACGACGAAGGGGCGAGCUCCUGGGAAGACACCCGCAGCGCCCUGCUGCCCGUGGAGCCCCCGGAUGGCUGGGAAAUUAAGCCAGGGGGGCCGGCCGAGCCACGGCCCCAGGACCACCUGCAGCACGACCACCUGGACAACACCCACGAGACCACCAAGUACCUGAGCGAAGCCUGGCCGGAAGACGUCAGCGGCAAUGGCAGCAGCCCUGACUUCUCCCACCCCAAGGAGUGGUUCCACGACAGGUGGGGACCUGGGCCCCAACACCACCAUCAAACUCUCCUAGGCCCCUCGGAGACCCAGGACACAGGACGUCCCCCUGACCGGAUCCAGCACGCACCCCGCCCCUGGGGCUUCCCGCCCCGGGAGCGCCUCGCCCCAGCCCUUCCCAAUCCCCUCUCUCCCCCCGACCUCUGGCCUGUCCCCUUGGGCCGACCACUCUGUCCCCACUGACCGUCCCUCUCAGAUACACCACUCACCGGCCCGCCCCUGCGCCCUGUUCACCAUGACCGCUAGGACCACUGCCCCGCCCCCCACCUCCCACUGUACAGAGACCAAGAACAGGAAUUGUUUGUAAAUAAUGAACCUUAUUUUUUAUUAUUGCCAGUCCCCUAAGAUAUUGUAUUUUACAAAUCUCCCACCUCCCCCACCCCUCCCUUGUUUUAUAUUUUAUAAAGUUAGUGCGGGCUUUGCUGUCCCCAGGGCCAGGAAGGAGGGGCUUCCCCACCCCCACACCUGGCCUGCCCCUGCUGCUGCCCAUGCCACUGGGCCUUUUUAAUUGCCAAACUGCUCUGUCCCACAGCUCAGCACACGCUUCAAAAGGCAAAAUUUAAAAAAAAAAAAAAAAAAAACAGAUCAGCAUCAA